CCCGUCUAUAUUUAUCAGGCCUGCUCACCAUAAAAGGACGUGUCUGCGGCUUGGCCAUUCCGCCCAGUGCCAAUAUUAUUUUUGUUGAGUAGACGGCUGCCCUGUCCUCUGCUACCGCACCUACCUGCGGAGUUGCCUGGAUAUCAAGCGUUGUUGGCUUACACCUGGAGUUGGAUCACUUUUUCCUUUGCUAGCAGCAGCAGUUGGUAGUUUUUUUGGCCUAGCUAAGCCGACAGGCAGACUACAAAAGACUCGGGCUGAAUUCAGGGCUUGUGCAGGAUGUCGGGAUCCACACCUUUCUACCAGAAACAUCACCGCCACUAUGACCGUGGUUACCGCAGCAAGGAGUUGGAAUCGGCUGUUAGCCAGUACCAGUCAAGCAGCAGCAGCAGCUAUGCCGCCCGUCGCAGCAGCAGCAGAGCCAGUGCCAGUGCCGCUCUCAGUGCCAGCAGUGGACAUGUCGUUGCACUGCAUGAACGAACGACGCCUAUCCCUUGUAGCUACACCAGACUUAGUUCCUCAUACUCUGGCCUGGAGGAGAGCAGACUGAGCCCAAUGCCCAAGAGAGCCAAGCCCACCUACCUGGCUAUGGACAAAGAGAACCAGAUUAUCGGCUAUGUAGUGCCCAUCUUCAGGGGCAGUCAGGAAUAUGCCAGUGGGUUUUCGGAUACUGAGGAGGCCCGGGUGAAGGAGAGUGCUGGAUACAUGGCCCGGAGGAAUCUGUUCACCAGCGGGUUGGAGAUGGAGCGGACGGAGCAGACGUCUAGGAAGGUGUCCAUGCGCGAAUCAGCCGAGCGCAUCUCCCUGAGCAAGAGGAUCUAUGAGAACGAGGAGCACCACAAGCGUAUGAACAAGGAUAGCCUGAUGCACGCCCCAGAGUUUGUGAUUAAGCCUCGCUCCCACACGGUGUGGGAGAAGCAGUGUGUCAGGCUGCACUGUACUGUCUCUGGGUGGCCAGACCCACGGGUUGUCUGGUACAAAAACAAUGUGACAAUCGACCCAAUGGCCCACCCAGGCAAGUAUAAGCUAGAGAGCAGCUACAACGUGCACUCAUUGGAGAUCAACAGAUGUGAUUUCGAUGAUACUGCACAGUAUCGUGUUUCUGCCAUGAACAGCAAGGGAGAGCUCUCCUCCUUUGCCUCCAUCGUUGUUAAGAGAUUCAAAGGAGAGGUAGAGGAGGCUCUCCCCAUGCCUAGACAUGGCCUGAUCUCUGAGUAUGGCAUCACCUUUGAUACCCACAUCGUGGACGGGUUUGGCGUGUCGUUCGGACGGGAGGGCGAGACCAUGAGCCUGGGCGCCACAGUCAUCAUCUCCCCCAACCUGGCACGCUACCAGCCUGAAGUUCAGUGGUACAGAGAUGAUGUUCUUCUGCAGCCCUCCAAGUGGUGUCACAUGCACUGGAGUGGAGACAAGGCCACGCUGACCCUGACACACCUGAACAAGGAGGACGAGGGUCUCUACACCCUGCGCAUCACCACCAAGUCUAAAUACGAGACCUACUCGGCUUACGUCUUUGUCAGAGAUGCCGAUGCGGAGGUGGAGGGAGCCCCUGGCGCCCCUCUGGAUGUGAAGUGUCAGGACGCCAAUAAGGAUUACGUCAUCGUGACCUGGAAGCAGCCGGCUGUGGACGGUGGCAGCUCCAUCCUGGGCUACUUUGUGGACAGGUGUGAGGUUGGCACCACCCACUGGAGCCAGUGCAACGACACGCCCAUCAAGUUUGCCCGUUUCCCCGUGACCGGGUUGGUGGAGGGGCGCUCCUACACAUUCCGUGUGCGUGCCGUCAACAAGUCUGGCAUGAGCCGGCCAUCCCGUGUCUCUGAGGUGGUGGCAGCCAUGGAUCCUGCCGACCGCGCGCGAAUGAGAGGUACCUCUGCACCCUGGACCGGCCAGAUCAUUGUCACUGAGGAGGAGCCUGCAGAGGGCGUGGUCCCCGGCAAACCCAAAGAACUGGAGGUCACCGAGGCCACCAAGAACUAUGUGGUCCUGAGCUGGAAACCCCCUGGGGAGAGAGGCCACGAGGGUAUCAUGUACUAUGUGGAGAAGUGUGUGUCAGGCACAGACACCUGGCAGAGGGUGAACACUGAGAUCCCAGUGAAGUCUCCUCGCUUUGCCCUGUUUGAUCUGGCGGAGGGAAAGGCCUACAGCUUCCGUGUGCGCUGCUGCAACUCCGCCGGCGUUGGCGAGCCAUCAGAAGCCACCGAGGCCACCACUGUCGGGGACAAGCUGGAUAUCCCGUCUGCCCCAGGCCGUGUGGUUCCCACCAGGAACACAGACACAUCCGUGGUUGUGUCCUGGGAGGCUUCCAGGGACGCUAAGGAGCUGGUGGGAUACUACAUCGAAGCCAGCAUCGUGGGUAGCAACAAGUUUGAGCCAUGUAACAACAAGCCUGUCAAAGGCACCAGGUUUAUCUGUCACGGUCUGGUGACAGGAGAGAGCUACGUGUUCAGAGUGAAGGCACUGAACGCCGCUGGGCUCAGCGAGUGUUCUCAGGAGUCUGAGGCUAUUGAGGUGAAGGCUGCUAUUGGGGGCGGUAUUCCUCAUGCGUCCCCUACUCCACCCUAUGGCAUUAGCGUUCUGGAGUGCGUGCGGGACUCUAUGGUGCUGGCCUGGAAGCAGCCCACCUUCAUCGGAGGCGCUGACAUCACCGGCUACUUCGUGGACUACCGUGAGGUCAUCAAUGGGGUGCCAGGGACAUGGCACGAGGCCAACGUCAAGUCUGUCAGCGACAGAGCCUACAGAGUGUCUGACUUGAAGGAGAACAGGAAGUACCAGUUCCAGGUGCGUGCUGCCAACAUGGCAGGCGUGGGCAUCCCUUCUCUGCCCAGUGGAACAUUUGUCUGUGAGGAGUGGACCAUUGCUGUGCCAGGACCUCCCCAUGAUCUGCAGGUGACAGAGGUGCGCGCCAACACUCUGGUGUUGCUUUAUAAGCCACCAGUGUACCAGGGCCGUGACCCAGUCAACGGGUUCUACAUUGACAUCAAAGAGGCUGAUGCUGAGGAGGAGGCUUGGAGAGGAGUCAACGAGAAGGCUGUCCUCACUAACUACAUGAAGAUUAAGAUUCUAAAGGAGGGGGAGACCUAUGUGUUCCGUGUGCGUGCUCAGAAUAAGGCAGGUGUGGGAAAGGCCUCUGAGCCCACAGAACCAGUCCUGGCCGAAACCAAACCAGGCACUACGGAGAUUGUUGUGGACGUUGAUGAUGAUGGAGAGAUCUCCAUGAACUUUGCCUGCUCCAACCUGACUCCAGACUCCAAAUUUGUGUGGUCAAAGAACUACGAAGAGAUCACAGACGAUACUCGUAUUACUGUGGCGACCAGUGGGGGGAAGUCCAAAGCCAACUUCAAUAUGCUUGCGGAGGAUGACAUCGGCAUUUACUCUUGUGCUGUCACCCACACCGAUGGUGCUUGCUCCAGCUACACUCUCUCAGCAGAGGAGUUGAAGAAACUGCUGGAGCUCAGCCACGACCACAAAUUCCCCAUUAUUCCAUUAAAGACAGAGCUGGCUGUGGAGCUGCAGGAGAAGGGCAGAAUUCGCUUCUGGCUGCAGGCUGAGAAGAUCUCUGCUAAUGGCAAAAUAGAAUAUGUGUUUAACGACAACAGUCUCUCCCAGGGAGAGAAAUACAAGAUGAACUUCAACAAGGACACAGGUGUGAUUGAGAUGAUCAUGGAUUCUCUGCUCCCAGAGGACGAGGGAACCUUCACCUUCCAGCUGCAGGACGGAAAAGCAACCAACCAGUCCAGCCUGGUGCUGAUUGGAGAUGUGUUCAAGGGGCUGCAGAAGGAGUCUGCGUUCAUGCGCAAAGAAUGGCACAGAAAGCAAGGUCCUCACUUUGUGGAGUAUCUGAGUUAUGAAGUGACCCCAGAAUGUUGUGUUAUCCUGAAAUGCAAGGUUGGGAACAUAAAGAAAGAGACUGUUGCAUUGUGGUACAAGGAUGGGCGCGAGGUCAAGGGAGAUGAGAAACUCACCUUCACCGAGGGAGUGCUCAAACUGGAGAUUGCUCAGAUCUCAAAGAAGGAUGCCGGUGUCUAUGAGAUUGUUCUGAAGGAUGACAGAGGGCAGGACACAUCCACGUUGAAUCUGACAGAACAAGGUUUCAGGGACUUGAUGAAUGAAGUGUUCAGUAAUAUUGCCAACUCCUCCACUGCACUGAAGAUCCAGAGCACAGACGAGGGCAUCAGACUCUACUCCUUUGUCAGUUACUACAACGAGGCGCUCCAGGUCACCUGGCACCACAAGGAUUCAGCAAUAGCCUUCACAGACCGCAUUAAGAGUGGUGUGGUGGGAGAGCAGCUGUGGCUACAGAUCACAGAGCCCACAGAGAAAGACAAGGGCAAAUACGCCAUCGAGUUCCAUGAUGGAAAGGGCGGUCUGAAGAGGACUGUAGAGCUGUCUGGCCAGGCAUUUGAUGACGCAUAUGCAGAAUUCCAGAGGCUCAAAGCGGCCGCUAUUGCAGAGAGAAAUCGUGCUCGCGUGGCAGGAGGCCUGCCUGAUGUCGUCACCAUACAGGAGUUAAAGGCCCUGAACCUGACCUGUAACAUUUCGGGCGAACCCCUGCCUGAGGUCGUCUGGCUGAAGAACGAGAGGGAGAUUGUGUCUGAUGGCCACUACGUUAUGAAGCUCGAGGCGGGCAAGUACGCCAGCUUCACCAUCACAACGGUGAACACGGCAGACUCGGGCAAGUACAGCAUCCUGGUGAAGAACAAGUACGGCACAGAGAGCGCCGACUUCACCUUGGUUGUAACAGAAGGCAAAGGGGACUUGGGAGUGACCUCCUAUUUGACUGAUGCUGAUGGGAACGUGAUCAUUGGGUGUAAAAGCAGACCUACCACCCCAACAGAGAGGAGGAAGUCAGUCACUGGGAAGAAAAUGCAGAAGAGAAAGGAUUCCGUAAUCCUCCAGAAGCCACCAGAGGAAAAGGAGGGGAAGAAGAAAGAAGAAAAGAAGAUGGAGGACAAAACUGAUGCUUUGCCAAAAACCACAGACAAGAAAAAGGCUGCCCCUGCUGUUGCAAGCAGGGUCGGCAAGCAGGAGACCCUGCAGCAGCCCACAACUACAGCAGAUGAGGCGAAGCCAGAUGAUGUCCCCACAUCUGAGAAACCGGCAGAGAAACCACAGAUUAACAAGGGCAAAAACGAUCAAGAUGAGUGAUGAUCAGAAAGCUGGUUACAUAAGUGAAAUAGUUAUUUUGGAGUUUGAUGUGGUUUACACGUCUUGCAUGACUGAUGUGUGUCUUUCAGCAUCACUGAAACAACACUGGAAUAACUAUUUUCCUCCCAACAUUGUAAUUCACUCAUCCUUUUCUUUAAAGGCCCAGUGCUGUCAAAAUGUCCACUAAUGAAACUAACACUCAAACUGGAUCUGUGUAAUUUCCUGAUAGUUUCUGUUAGAAAACACAAUCUACACAGGACUUUCUAAUCAGCAGCUUUGAAUGAGCAGGCAUUUCGGCAUUCCAUUGUGACAUCCACAUGCGGUAAAUUUAAUAGAGCAGUAACAAAGAGAAUUCCAAAUCUCCCUGCCAAUAACAGCUAGUUUUCAGUUUUCCCCUCCCCCUCAGACCACCCCCAAGCUAUCCUAGCGAAAUUCUUGCUUGAGAAAUAUACUGAACAAAAAUAUAAACGCAACAUGUAGAUUGUUGGUCCCAUGUUUCAUGAGCUGAAAAAAAGAUCUCAGUAAUUUUACAUAUGCACAAAAGUCAUAUUUCUAUCAAAUGUUGUGCACAAAUUUGUUUACAUCCCUGUUAGUGAGCAUUUCUCCUUGGCCACAAGAAUCCAUCCACUUGACAGGUGUGGCAUAUCAAGAAGCUGAUUAAACAGGGGACAAUAACAGGCCACUCUAAAAUGCCACAGAUGUUUCAAGUUUUGAGAGAGCAAUCAAUUGACAUGCUGACUGCAGGAAUGUCCACCAGAGCUGUUGACAGAGAAUUGAAUGUUAAUUUGUCUACCAUAAGAAACCUCCAAUGUCGUUUUAAAGAAUUUGGACAGCUGAUGAAACUGAGGAGUAUUUCUGUCUGUAAUAAAGCCCUUUUGUGGGGAAAAACCUGUUUUCGUUGGCUAGGCCUGGCUCCCCAGUGGGUGGGCCUGGCUCCCCUGCCCAGUCAUGUGAAAUCCAUAGAUUAGGGCCUAAUUCAUUCAUUUCAAUUGAAUAUGAACUGUAAAUCACUAAAAUUGUUUAAUGUUGAGUUUAUAUUUUUGUUCAGUAUAAUUUCUUUGCUAAAUGGAAAUAUUUUACAGUUAAGUACUUCAUUGUACCCAGAAAUGAUUUGAUAUUGAUAUAAAAACGGCUGCAUUGGGCCUUUAAGAACAGGGACGAUUGGAAUACAGAGUGAGGGAUGUAAUUUUGUAUUACAAUGUAUAAUUCAAACAUGUAGGCUUCGCUAUUAACUUGUAGCUCAAAGGAAGGCCCACAAAAAAGGCAUAAUUUGCAUAGUCUUCAAAUCUUUAACCUUUGGUGGUGUUAUUGCUUGCAUUUUUUUUGCCUUCAAGAUUGAUUAUAAUGCAGUAAUAGGCCACUUUAAGACACCUGAGAUUGGGAAUGAUAUAUGUAAAACAGGAGUAUGUGUAUUGAGGGAUACACAACUGACCGACUUUUGAACAAACAUUAGUUUCUCAUGCACAGCCCUUAUAUAAAUCAAAGACACCAAAGGAAUGAUAUGGGUCUAUACGCAAGAGAGGAAGUGAAGGACAAACGAAACGCGAAUACCUGAAGUUAACCAGAGCAGAGUAAAAUCACAGCAAGGUCAAAUAUUAGAACAUGUCACUCAGUUCACCCAAUUAGCUUGGAGGCAACAUCCAAAUGGAACAGAGAAUUGGACCACCAAAUAAAAUGUUCCUAAUUUUAUUUUUGAUUUUUUAACAUUUAAAUUAAUAUCACUUGACGAAUGAACGCUUGUAAUUCAUACACGAUUAUCGAGGAGAUUGGAUGGGUCACUUCUCUUCACUGGUAUAAUUGUUGGGAAAAGCGCAUUUCUCUGCAUUGAAAAUAAUGAGUCGUGUUAUGUUUGGUAGCCUGUAGGCCUGCACAAUACGGUGAUAACAAAUAAAAAAUAAUACAAGGUUACAUUGUAAAAA